AUGGCACGCGAACGAAAAGCUCCUGAGUUGUUCAAACCAACCAACUUCAAGGCUACGGCCAAAAAGGCUCCGGCACGGAAGGCUCCAAUCCAGCCUACAAAUGUCGUUCGACCAGUUCGACCUAUUACUGUUCAACGAGCAUCGCCAGCCGAUGUCCCAGUCUUGGCUGCCAUCCCUAUCGACGAGCCAGUUCGACCAUCCAGGAAGCCUGUUGCUAAGGAACCGCCAACCGUGGCUGCUGCUUCAUCAUACUCUAAGAAAUAUAGGCAUCCAAAGGACUACAAGGAUCUUAAAAUGGUCAAUGACCAGAUCACAAGAGAUAUGAAUCUAGCUGUUCAUAAUGUUGUAUUCAAGAGAUAUAAAGAUGAUGAACUCGACUUCACAAUCUAUGACAAGGCUUUGAAACUACAAACAUCUCUUAGCCCAUUCAAUGGCCCAAACUCCUGGACGAGCAAGGUUUGCGGUCUCGACUACAAACCAUCACAAUAUGACAGCCUACCAUAUCUUAACAGGCCUACACUUGCCGAGAUCAAGGACAAUGUCUAUGUUGGCGAGAAAUUGAGUGAUUCCAAGACCGCAUCUAAUCUCAACACUAUCAUUAAGACAACGACUGCCCAAGUUGACCCCAAUGAUCUAACAACCGUCUUGAAGCACCACAGACAGAUCAUCUUGGAGAUGCUCCUUUAUGCUCAGGAAAACAAGAGGUCACCAAGCACAUACUGGGACUAUAUAAGGGCCUUGACAAGGCUUGCGAGGAUCUGCCUCGGUGAUGAUAACGAGCUUUAUAAGAAGCUGGCUAAGCUCGGAGAUGACUUUGACAAGGCUGUCAUCAAGAACAUUGAGACAAAGAAUGUUGAAGUUCCCAGUAACCUUCUCUCCACAGACGGUGACACAGUCACAGUAGCAGUGACACUCGAAGUAGACAGUGAUAGCACCGACUGCAAGUUUCUGUAG